CUGUUAACACGUUCCAAUCUCGCUUAGUUUCCGUGUUGAAACCUGAAACUCUUCCCCAAAUCAAACCCUAACCCUAACUCGCAGAUUCGAGUUCCAAACCUGCUCUAACCAAUUCAACCAAUCAAUCAAUCGUUCUCGGCACCCCGAGAAAAAUGCUCCAAUCUCCAGGCCACUCGCCGCUCCACAUCUCGUUGCCGUCGCCGUCCGUUUCAGAGGUUCCGGCGCAAAACCCAAACGAUCCACCACCACCAUCAUCGUCAUCGUUAUCGUGUGCGAAGAAGCCUACGGUACUCGACGAAGACACGUACGUAGAAGCCUUGGAGAAGAUAAUCGAGCGCGAUUACUUCCCCGACAUCUCGAAGCUCCGCGACCGCCUCGACUGGCUCGAAGCCAUCAAAACCGGCGACCCCGUCGUCAUCCGCGAGGCUCAAUUGAAGAUCCUCGAACGCCGCGGCGCCGCAAAGGUAACCAAUUCCACCACCCACACACCUGGUUCCACCUUCGUUAGAAAUUUUACACCUUUCGAUGAGUUUGACCUAAAAUCCCCCAAAACGCCGCGUUUUCCCGUUCCCGAGACCAAAGAGGAUGGGGAUGGCGCGGUGGACACCUCGCUCGGCCUUGAUCAGUUUCUGGGGAGGUACACGAGUGAGGACAAUCACAGCUUCUCGAAGAUUCUGGUGAAAGUGAAUAAGAAGAGGAAAGAGAGGUUUGGUUAUUUGGAUGAUGAUGUGAAGGGUAUUGAGGAUGUGAAGAGGGAUAGGAUUACUGAUGGUUAUGGAACCUCUUAUCAGCCUCCGAGUACCCUUGAAGGCUGGAAUUACACUGCUAAGAAUUUGUUGAUGUAUCAUCCUGCUGAUAGGGGUGAGGUCCCCUUGACUGAGGAAGAAAUGGCUGUUAGAAUUAAAGCUGCCACGAAGGAGAUUGAUCGCGGGAACACUAGGUUUCAUGGGAAGAUGAUGGAUUCUAGGCCGAAAGAUGAUGGAACUGUUGAGGUGCUAUAUACACCCGUUGCCGGCGGUACGCCGGCGCCUAUGUCUCUUAGAGAAGGGGAUAAGUUAAAAAAAUAUGAUUUGGACGAUUUGAGGAAGACUCCGAAUCCGUUUUAUUUGGAGUCUGGGAAGAAAGCUGAAAAUGGUUAUAGCUUUGUAAAGACGCCGUCCCCUGCUCCGGGUGUUGACGAAUCCCCGUUUAUUACUUGGGGAGAAAUUGAGGGGACUCCGCUGAGGUUGGACCUGGAGGAUACGCCUCUUGACAUUGGUGGUAGUGCUGAUGGACCUCAUUAUAAGAUUCCUUCUGCACCGGCAAGGGAUGCAAAGGCGCACUCUCUUUCUAGGGAGGCUGCACGAAAGCUGAGGGAGAGGUCGAAGAUGUUUCGCAAGCCCCCAUUGGCCUCACCUGUUAGAGGUGGAAGUGCUAGUCCAAGCAUGCGGACAUUGUCUCCUGCUGCUCAGAAGUUUGUGAGGAAUGCAUUUGCUAAGUCCUCGUCUUCUGUUGAUGAAACACUUCGGGCAAGUUACCGCGGUUCUACUCCUGCAUUGCCGACUCCUAGAAGUGUUAGUAGAAGUGUGUCGAGGUUUGGUAGAGAUGAGAGUAUGGUUUCCAGGUCUCCAUCUGUUAGAGAGGGCUCCAAUCCUCCCUGGUGAUAUGGUAUAACAUAUUUUGAAACCAUGAUAAAGUGACCGUGCUGUAAGUUCCCCCCUUUUGAUAAUGUGUUAAAUUUGCACGCCAGCAAUAUAAAUUUGGAGAGGAAGAACAAACUGAGAAUGAUAUAUACUGAAUUUUGUAGCCUCUGCUUAGCUUGUUGAUCCUUUUAGUUUUACUUUUACUCACUGAUUAUCGGUUGUCUAUGUGCAAAAUCUCUUUGAUUAAAGUUCUUCAGACAAUCCCCGCUAAGCCAGAGGCAUUGUUGUAUAUUAGAUUAGCUAUGAUGUUAUUAUCUUAAUUCUUUUUUGCCUAUUAGAAAGGUUUUGUUCUUAUUGCAAAGUUUCACUUUUUGCUUAAUAAAGUAGGUUCUUUCUGGA